AUGUCUCCAUCAUAUGCGAUGACAUUGCGGGAAGUGAUUCCCAAAGUAACUAUCAAAUCUAAAAGACCUAUUGGGAAAGAUAAACCACGAUUACAAAAAGGAACGAUUGUAAGAUAUUUAUUAAAACCAG